AUGAAGUAUAGCCGAAGCGUUACAGCGAAAGUUGGACGCAUCGCGAAGACAACCAUAACCAGGGGUGGCAUGGUGACUCACGAGGACAAGCCUGCUUCGGAUGCACCACACUUCGUGUCGCGAUUCAGCGAUAUCACGGCUCGUCAAGGUCACACCGUCAAAUUCGCCUGCGACAUAGAUGGUAAUCCCAUGCCCACGGCCGAAUGGCUGUACAACGGAAAACCUCUGGCUGCAUCAAAAGAUAUCAAGAUCACACUCGAAGGGAAACGCGCCGUACUGGAGAUCGCUCGAGUAACGCACAAUCAGGCCGGCGAAUACCAACUCGUGAUUCGAAAUCCAAAAGGAGCCGCCCAAUGUAAAGCUCGUCUCAUCCUCAGUAAGUUACCCCUCCAAUUGUCAAAGAUAAAAGAUAAACGAUAA